GGAGAAGAGGAACUAGUUAGCAGGAAGGCUAAUCGCCUUUAGCCGUUUUUAUUUUCAGAUUGUAAAACUUCAUUUUUAUUAUGGCUCCUUUAGACCUCGACAGAUACGUAGAAAUAGCGAAACACUGCAAAUAUUUACCAGAGAACGACUUAAAGAGAUUAUGUGACUAUGUCUGUGAUCUCCUGCUGGAGGAGUCCAACGUUCAGCCUGUAGCCACUCCGGUCACCGUCUGUGGAGAUAUUCACGGUCAGUUUUAUGACCUGUGUGAGCUGUUCAGAACCGGAGGUCAGGUUCCAGACACAAACUACGUCUUCAUGGGGGACUUUGUGGACCGGGGGUAUUACAGUCUGGAGACGUUCACCUACCUGCUGGCUCUGAAGGCCAAGUGGCCCGAUCGCAUCACGCUGCUGAGAGGAAAUCAUGAGAGCAGACAGAUCACGCAGGUCUACGGGUUCUACGAUGAAUGUCAGACCAAGUAUGGGAACGCCAACGCCUGGCGGUACUGCACCAAGGUGUUCGACAUGCUAACGGUGGCCGCUUUGAUAGAUGAGCAGAUCCUCUGCGUCCACGGCGGACUUUCGCCCGACAUCAAGACUCUGGACCAGAUCCGGACCAUCGAGCGGAACCAGGAGAUUCCCCACAAGGGGGCGUUCUGCGACCUGGUGUGGUCCGACCCGGAGGACGUGGACACCUGGGCCAUCAGCCCCCGCGGCGCCGGCUGGCUGUUCGGCUCCAAGGUCACCAACGAGUUCGUUCACAUCAACAACCUGAAGCUGAUCUGCCGCGCUCACCAGCUGGUGCACGAGGGCUACAAGUUCAUGUUCGACGAGAAGCUGGUAACUGUGUGGUCGGCGCCCAACUACUGCUACCGCUGCGGCAACAUCGCCUCCAUCAUGGUCUUCAAGGACGUCAGCCGGCGGGAGCCCAAGCUGUUUCGCGCCGUGCCGGACUCUGAGCGCGUCAUUCCUCCUCGGACAACCACGCCCUACUUCCUGUAGGGGCGGAGCCUGGACGCGCUCUGCUUCAGAGGGGCGCUGACCCCUCGGCGCCCGGGUCCAGGCGGGCGGAGACGCCAGAGGGUGACCCUCAUUGGUCUCAUGAAGCAGCGCCAUGUUUCCACCUCAGACCCGACGUGACGGAACCAGCCUCUGAGCCCAUCCUGCUACAUUCUGCCUUAAACAUUUUAACUUUAAUUUAUUCAUCUUCAGUAUCAUGCACAUCGUUUUCAUUCUCCUCCGUCUGAACUGGGAUGAACUGGUUCCUCCUGAGUCCUGGUUCAUCAGCAGAGAUGCACCGAUGGCCCGUCGCUCCAGAACUUCCUGUUUCUGUCUGCAGACUGUCAGAUAAAUCCUGGCCUCUGCUGCGUUUACAGACCAUAAUAAGUUGUGCCUGAUCUCCUCUCAUCUGUGAACCGGUCGCUGCGUCCCUGAUCAUCUGUGGCAUUAUGUCUGUUUCUCUGCUCCGAAGCAGCUGGAGUGAAACCAGUCCAGCUGUUUACCGUCUUGUAAUUUGAAUAAAAUGAAUUCCCAGCUCUGA